CAAGCGCAAAACGAAACGCAAUGUUAUGACAUCAACUUUGACAGCUGCAAUUUCUUAACCAAUUUACAUUUACUGCUAUUUACUAUUCUUCCGAUUGAGUCACAAUCAAAUUAUACCCCUUAUUACAAAGAGAGAUGUUUUAGAUUCGUCUGCAAAUUACCGUAUCCUAAUUUCCGUGAACGUAAAAUGAUGUUACAAAGCAUACAUAACCUAUCUUCGUUCACUUGUGAUAAGAAAAUUUGUGAAUAAUAUUGAGAAAUAUUCCAUAGUAAAUAAGAAUUUAAAUAUGAAGAAUGGAUGAUUUAGAGAAGCACGCUUCAUCCUAUCAGCAAGACCAGGAAAUACUGGAUGCGCGAGGCAUCAACAUGACAGUAGAGGAGGUGGCAGGGCUCCCGACGGUGAAGUACUCUGAUAAAGUGCAGUCGCUGCAGCUCAACGAAGAGGACUUGUCGUUCCUAAAGGGGCUCCGGAGGCGGAUCAAGAAUCGGUUGGCCUCGCAGAACAGCCGGCGCCGCAGCCUGGAGCACCUGCGGCGCCUGACGCGCGAGCUGCGCUGCGUGCGCGCGCGCCGCCACGCCGCGCUCGCCGAGCGCCGCGCGCUGCUGCGCCGGCGCGACGAGCAGCGCGACCGCUGUCGGGCGUUGAGGCUGCAUAUGUCGCUGGUCUUACAGGAACGCUCAGACCUCUCUCAACUCCCAGACCUAGACCCUCUAGAAUCUCCAACGCCCAAAGAAAUCAAGACCCCCAGCUCCCCAGACCUCAGCGAGAGUUAUCGAGACCUAGAAAGAGAGACCACUUUCGAAUGUCGAAUCGAAAAACUAGUUCAAAAGAGCGUCAACCAUAUUUUUGAUAAGAAAAAAGUUUCAGCCAAAACUGUCUUCCUAGGUGACAAAAAAUUUCAGGAUGCCUUUAUAAAGGACAAAAUUUUUGAUGAAAAAAACUGUGCCUUCGUAAAGGAAGAAAUUUUUGAUGACAGAAAAGACUUUAUAAAGGAUGAAAUUAGAAAUGCCUUUAUAAAUGACAGUGGGAUAAGGGAGGAGUAUGAUAAGGUACUGAAAGAGGAAAAUGGGGGGGUACUGGAUCUGUGCGUGAAGGCUAAGAGGAGUCACGGGAGGAAGCAGUCGGCGCCGCGGCGGAUCGCGUACGUCGAUGAUUAUAAUGAUGUGGUCCUGGAUUUGAAAAUAAAGAAAGAGAAUCAGUGAUAUUCACAAACACAAUUAGAUUAAGAAUAUUACUGUAACCAAAAAACCAUGUUAUCAAAUAACAGUUCAUACGAAAAGUGAACUUAGAUAGUCCCACAUCAAAUUGUGUUAAAAUAUUUUCCAAAAUGUUAUAUCAAGAGAGGAAAAUGGGAACUAUACACGGUGGCUAAACAAUAAGUGCAUUUCCGUUGCCAGGGAGGUUUUGGGAUUAUACUGAGCAACUUUUACUAUGGGACCAACCCCGAAAUCGCGAAAAGAAAAUUGGCUGUUUCAUACAUUUUGGCUGGUCCAUUUUCUAUGGGAGGGUAAAUUUUGUUUUCGCGAUUUCGUGGUUGGUCCCAUAGUAAAAGUUGCUCAGUAUAAUCCCAAAACCUACCUGGCAACGGGAAUGCACUCAUUUUUAAGCCACCCUGUAUAUAAAUAUAACUGGUCAUUAAGGGCCUGACACUCUUUGAUAGAGAAAGAUAGUCUUAUUGCGAUUCCUAUAAGAGGAAAGAGAAAAUAGUGCCAUGCUUUGUCCUUAUCACCGGGGGUUUUUUUUUCAUGGUCGGGUUAUGGCAGCAUAGGUAGGAGGCGAUGGCGAAAUACCGAAAUUUAUAAGAGUGAAAGAGAAAAAGGAUUAUGCUGCCAUACAUUAACCUGUCAAUACAUGAAUAUGUCUUUCUCUUACCCCUGGUCGCUCGGUUUUGUCUAUAACUACUAUACUAUGUCUAUGCUGGUCAUACAGUACAGCGCCAUCUUUAUAUGGAUAACUACUGGGCACGAUUUUUUCUUUCUUUUCUAUAAUAAAUAACUCUUUGUUAUCAAAUCAUCGUAUCGAUUUUAGUUAUUUUCAAAAAUCGCUGUUAAGUUAUGUACUCCUAAGUCGUCCAUGUAUUCUUGUAUAAUUAUAAUUAAGUUAUUUUUACAAAUUUAAGUCUGUAUAUAUACCGAAAUUUUACAAUUAAUCUAUAGAUCUUAGUAUUAUUUUGGUUGUUUGUUUAAAUGUUUAUAAAGGUAAGGUCCAAUACAAAAAACAAUGGUAUUUAAUGUCAAUUUGUAUAAAAUUCCAAAAAAUAAAUACAAAAAUAUUUAUUGUCAGAAAACAUUGUUAAGAAUUUUUUUACAGUGACUGACACUAGGUAAUUAUAUUGAAAUAGUAUUUUUUAAAGAUACUCGAUACUGAAAUUAAAAAAAAAUGGCUAUGUCCAUAACCCCGAUCAAAAAGUUUUGGGGCUCAUAAAUAUCUGAGCAAAACUAUAGUAUUUGAGCAAAUGUGCCAUUUUCAACCAAAAGGGUACUUAUUGUCGCUUGUCAGUAAGGCGCUAUUUUCAUAUAGCUUAUCGACAAGCGACAAUGUGUUACACAAAUAUCCAGUGGAAUCCAUUGGAUUAAUGAUGGUAAAAGGUACCGAAAUUAACUCGAAAUCACAAAUAUACUGUAAACUAUUUAUAUAAUUAUUUCCAUAGGAAAUGUAAAAAUAUACAAACAACAAAAUAUACAAAUUACAAAAUAUACCUACGUUAUACAAAGUAGUUUAAUGAAAUAAGUUUGAUAGCUAAUCGAAAGGAUCCUUAUGAUGCUAAUGUCCUAUGUCAUUUCGUCACUUAAGGGUCCCCGGCAAGCUUGGUUCUCCAUACAAACUUAGUUCCGCUCUCAUUUUAAAACGACUAGCUAGAUUGCUCUGAAACUUUGUACUUACAAUAGGAUAAGGUAUAUCUAUGUCUGUAAUUAGUUUAUGUAGCUUCAGAUACCAUAGUUAAAAACAGGGGUCGGAAACCGGUAUUUGCUCCAUACAAAAAUAUCGGUAUUAUUACGUUCUUUUUCGUUCUUUUGUUUAUAAUUUCAUUUUUAAUGGGACGUUUUAAUAAUGCAAAAUUGUUUCCUAAAUACAUGAUUUAGUCCUACGUAAUGAGCAUAAAAAAAUUCAAAAUAUUGGGCUAUUUCGGGGUUCCGAGCCCUGGUUAAAAAAAUACAGCGAAUUUAAAUUUUUCAUACAAAACCUGUUAUUGCUCUAUUUCGUUUGUUUUAUAAACUGAAGCUAUAUAAACUAAUUACAGACCUAGAUAUACAUCAUGUCAUUGUAUGUGCCAAGUUUCAUUACAAUCCAACACGUAGUUUAAAAAUGAGAGCGGAACCAAAGAGUAUAAUAAUAUAUGUAUAGUAAAAGAGAGCCAACUCUGCCAACUCGCGAGUAAAUGUCAAAAAACGUCGACACAAACGCCCCAAGCGGAUACUGGAUCAACUAACCUUUACGUGUGUGUGCGUGCACAGUGCACACAUGCAUACCAAUAAAAACUAUACCGGGCUUGCCGCGAAAAACGAAAAUUGAAAAAUCGUUAUUUGCCUCUCAAUCGCUAUUUUUCAUAUUUGUGCGCACGAAUAUGAAAUAGCGAUUGAGAGGCAGAUAACGAAAUUUCAGAUAACGUUUGUAUGGGAAGGUGCAAUUCGGCCGAGCUUGCCGGGCUCUUAAUUCAGAUAAAAUACCACCAGUACCGUAGCAUGGGGUCACUUUGACCAAUUUCAAAAUUUUAAAGUACCUAUUUAUCUGCGAAUAUGAAAUUAUGAACAUGAAAAAGAGAAAAAAUAAUGUUGUUAAUUGGUUUUGGUUCCCGCAUAAUUGUACUUGGGGGGUUCAUACAUAAAUUACAUCACACGAAUUUCAUGAUUUUUUUUACCUCUCCCCUCCUUGUCAUACCGUGGCGUCACAUAUUUUGGCAAUCUUGUUCUCAACGAAAUUAUCAAUUCGAAUGAAGUAUUAUUAUUUAAUAAAAAAAUAUUUUUAAUAAUAGAGAUUUUAUGACAGGGAAAAAUCACGAAUAAAAAUGAUAUAUCGCUGCAAAAACUAGUUAUUUAGCUUUACCGCGAAUUAAAAAAACACUUUCCGGCUACAAAGUGAGUUGUGAUGUCACGAAGUUUGUGAUUGUGAUUCCCCACCCUCCCCCAUAUCACAACGUGUCACAUUUUCUAGACCCCCUCCCUCCCCCUAAACGUGUGACGUAAUUAAUAAAUGACCUUUUAGAUGAGUGUCAGCGUACCCGUCCUGUUUGAAAAAUACUAUACAUUGGUGUGACUUAAAUGUGAUCCUUUUGAUUUAGACACAGAAUGUGUAAAAUGAUAAAAAUGACUAUAAGGUGAUGUUGAGUUUUGUAAUAAAUAAUUUUAG